UUUCUUUCUCUCGUCGAGUUGACAACAACAAAGACAUUCAACUGCCUUGACGGCGGCCCUUCAUUUAAGGCCACAUCCACAGCACUGGGUUGGCUGACAUUACGAAAGUACCCGGAUGUACCCGUGGGGAAACUACGUCAUUGUUCACCGCCGGACGCUCUUUGGAUUUUAGAAUGGAUGAACUCAUUUAAAUUAAUCAUAAAACAACAGAAAAUGAAUAAUGACCAUAGUUGACAAACCUCCAGAGAAACCUGACCUGGAGUCAGUGCGGUGCAAGCACUCCAGCUCCAUCACACCAUUCUCCUCCAGAGACAUGGAGAGCAGUAGUUCGAGCUGGAGUGUUGGCCCUUCUGCCACUGAGCUUUCAAGGGCCAAGACGGUCUGUAUGGCCCCGGCCAUUGGAGCGACUGUGAAUGGUAGUAAUAACACAGCACUCCAAGUCGAAAGGCCACGAGAGCAAGUGGGGAUGACCAGUGGGGAUGGCAUUGCUCUCCCUCAAAAGGUCCUGUUUUCCCCAGAGCGGCUCUGCUUGAAGUGGAACCAAGGCCACCGCAUUGGAGCAGGUCUCCAUAACCUGGGCAACACAUGUUUCCUGAACUCUACCCUGCAGUGUCUGACCUACACUGCUCCCCUUGCCAACUACAUGCUGACCAGAGAGCAUUCCAAAACAUGUCAUGAACCCGGGUUUUGUAUGAUGUGUACCAUGCAAAAUCACAUCAUCCAAGUGUUUGCCAACUCUGGAAAUGUCAUUAAGCCCAUCAGUGUGCUUAAUGAGUUGAAAAGGAUUGGAAAGCAUUUUAGAUUUGGAAGUCAAGAAGAUGCCCACGAGUUCUUGAGGUACACUGUGGAUGCUAUGCAAAAGUCCUGCCUUCCUGGAAACAAACUGGACAGGCAAACUCAGGCAACCACUUUUGUACAUCAGAUUUUUGGAGGAUAUCUGAGAUCCAGAGUCAAAUGUCUGAAUUGCAAAGCAGUCUCUGAUACUUUCGAUCCAUAUUUGGAUAUUUCAUUGGAGAUAAAGACGGCUCAGACACUCUCUAAGGCGUUUGAGCAAUUUGUAAAACCUGAGCAACUUGAUGGGGACAAUGCCUAUAAAUGCUCCAAAUGUAAGAAAAUGGUUACUGCCUCAAAGAGAUUCACCGUUCAUCGCAGUUCUAAUGUUCUCACAAUCUCACUAAAGCGGUUUACCAACUUUAAUGGAGGAAAAAUAACAAAGGAUGUGAGGUACGCAGAGCAUCUAGAUCUGCGUCCAUUCAUGUCUCAGUCUCAUGGGGAGCCACAAAUCUAUGCUCUGUAUGCUGUGUUGGUUCAUUCUGGGUUCAGUUGCCACGCUGGACAUUACUACUGCUACAUUAAGGCUAGCAAUGGGCAGUGGUAUCAGAUGAAUGACUCGUCGGUAUCUCUCAGCGAUAUAAGAACAGUUCUUAACCAACAAGCAUACUUGCUCUUCUACAUCAGGUCACCUGAUGUAAAAAAUGGAGGCGACUUUAGCCAGAUGAACCAUACUCCAGGUCAGUCUUCUCCAAGACCAUCCAUUCCACUCAAGAUGAAUGGGCCUCAGUAUACCACCACGUCCUUCAUUGGCCCUCAACUGCCACCUCAUAUGCUGAAGAACUCGUCAUAUGUUAAUGGAAAUGGUUCUUCAAAGGAAUACCAUGGUGGCUCUAAACCCAACAGAAAUUUUGGUGGUGUGACCAAAAUAGGCCCAUCUCAUACAUCUUCCUCUGCAUCUGCGUCCUCUUCUUCUUUGCCUGUUCGGUCCAUGGGCAUUCCAGAUUCAUCCAAAAGGCCGAAGCUGACGUUUCUCAUUGGUCAAGGCAAACCUGUGAGACCUGCCCAGACCCAGUCAAGCCCUAAUUGCUCUUUAUCUUCAGCCUCUCAUUCUCAGUCCACAUCCUCCAGCACUUCAACGUCUACCUCAGGCUUCCCACAGGUUAAGCAGGUCAAUGGAACUCACACUGGCGCUUCUUUCUUGGUUCCUUAUGGUCAGGAAUCUUCUGAGGAAUCUGACCAAGAGGCUGGAGUUCUGGAGAAUGGAUCGACAAAGACUUAUCUUGCUCCCAAGAUAACCAAUGGCAAUGGGGUAAAGGAUGAUGCCCAGUCCCACGAUUCCAGCUCACUGCCUCAUCAUACCUCAAAGACAAAUGGGUCUAAUGGCUUUCAUGUGUGUGAAAAUGGAUCGGACUCGCAUGUAUGUGAAAAUGGAUCAGGACCUGACCACACUUCCCAGAACGGCCUUUCCAAAGCCAAUGGAUUUAAUCACAAUGAUAAGGUUAUGAUUGAUCCACAUACUUCAUCGCAAAUUUCUGAUUUGUCUUGUUGUUCAGAGAUGGAGUUGAACUUAAAGCCUGCACACAAUGAGUCGAGAAGCUCCAAUCCAGCAAGUUCUGAUGACCAUCCUUGUUCCUCACCUUCAAACAAAAGGUUGAACCUUCCUUCUGAGUCUUCAUCUCAGUCUGUGGCACAGAUACAAUCUUCACCUAAAGAAUCACUAGUCUUAAAGACUACAGAUACUGACCUUCAUACCGAGACCGCUUCUAAAGUUGAGUUGACUCAGAGGCAUGCUACGCAUACAGCAACUGGCACGUCAGACCUUCAGGUCAACAACAAUGUUAGCCUUCAUGUUAGUCAUGGUCACACGAGUCCACACAAGUUAAAGGAGGUGUACAGGUGCAGUGAAGGAGAGAGCAAAGAGGCAAAACCAUCACACUCAGACAAAUUUGGCUCUGGAGAUGGAUGGAGGUCAGGUGAGGACCGGAACAGAGGGUCAGAUCGACCACAUUUUUCUUCAACCCCGAAGGACAGGGAACGAUACAGGCACUAUAGGGAUCAUAGUGAUAGAAGCCGGAGUCGCUAUGGGCACAGCUAUCAAGAUAGUCGUCGCUCCACCAGUAGAGAGCGCUAUUAUAGAGAUCGAGAUUUGGAGAGACACUGGGACAGAUUCUCACACCACCGUCGAGAGCACCAUUAUUUCCAGAGAAGACACCGAGAUGAACGCGACUGGAAUAGAGAUCGUAGGUUUGGGAGUGACUCUUAUCGCCCUUCUGGAUACCAUAACAGGAAUGGAUAUUCCAAUCACAGUCAUCGUGGGAUGGAAGAGGCCCAUGGAAGAGCGACUCAUACAGUGAACGGUUCAAAAGGCAGGCCCUCGUCACCUCAUUCCGUUAGUCCACUUCCUAGACAUCACAAGCGGAAACGCAGUCCAUCGGUUGAUGCAAGGGAAAGUUCUGAUGAGUGCAAAGCAAAGAAAUCCAAAAAGAAAAAGAGAAACAAAGAUAAACACAGGCACUCAGACAGGGAACUAUCAGAGGGUAAUGAGGACAGCAGCUCCAAGAGGCAUAAGAAGAAGAAGAAAAAGAAAAAGAAGAGGAGGGAGGAUGAGGAGAGGGCUCACACUGGGAGAGAUGACGCUUUGAGGUGGGAAGAGCGUGAUUGUAGAGCUAGUAACAGUCAGCACCACAGCUCUGAGGCUCUUCACGGAGUCCACCGAGACCACAUGGAGGACCAGCGACAGUUCAAUGGUCACAAAGCGAAUGGACUGAGCUGUUACAGUGGAAGUGAACGUGAUCUCUGUCACACACGGAUGGAGAAAGAUGUGAAAUGCAAAGAUAUUGAUCACGUUACCACUGUCAACAACACAAAGACACUCUCAAAUGGAAAUGGAGACGUAGAUGGUGCCUGUCACAGGACCCUUUCAGACAGUGGAGAAGUCACACAUCCUCACUAAAAGGGAAAGUGCUUUCUUUAACACACCUAAGACUCUGAAAACCACCCGUGCAAGCAUGUGAAAGAGAAGAUCUACAGCUACAGUUCCCAACAUGGUGCUUAACAUUUAGAAUAUACUGUAUUUUUACCACAAGAUGAAUUUUAAAGUUUCAUUAUUUUUUUGUUUUGUUUUUUUUGUUUUUCUUUUACUUUUAAGGAUUUUUUAGAACACUGUACAUAAGUGAACUUUGAUCAUGGAAAAAACAAAAGUUCUAUAUAAAGUUAAUAUAUGCGAUUAAAACAAAAGCCUGGAGCUUAACAUCUGAAUUGCUGCUCAGACAUACAGACUCAGGAUUUUCUCACUUGUGAAGAUGAGACGAGCGCUCCCUUUAAGGAUACACACUUGGGAUGACAAGAACAUUUUAUAUGCUGCAUCGGCGGAGAAAGACUGCUUGUCUCUUGGCUUCAAGUUACGAUGUCACCAUUUUCACAUAUCGCUUGAGAGAACUGACUCGAAGGAGCAGCCAUUGCUAAUGCUACAUGUGCACUUACAUCACAGUUAACCUGGACACACUUGAGGACACAAGACGUUUGCUUCGCUGUCUCUUGUACCUCUUCCUCUCUCUUUUUUUAGCAUCUUCACUGUAUUACUUUCGGAUAUUCCUCAAUCAAACCUGUCUAGAAUGCAACUUCAUUGCAUCUCUUUUGUUUUUAAUUGUCAUCGUUCAGUUUUCUUGAAUCUCUUUUGAUUUUAGUCAAGAUAAUACUGUGAAUUUAAGUUGAACUGUACUAUCAGUUGUAUGUUUUGGUCCUGUAUCAGGAGUUCAAUAGAGACACUUUCUGUAAAGCCACUCAUAACAUCGUAGACCAUGUUCUCUGAACGUUUGUCGAUGCGUGUGUGUGCGCGUGCGUGUGUGUGUGUGUGUGUGUUUUUCCCUGAAGCAAAACAAAAAAAGACAUGAAAAUGGUUAUAUUCAACCUCAUUUUACUGUAGCAUGUCGAAGUAAAUGUAUACAGUGUACAAUAUGUUGAGUGAGAGGAAACGGCCUUAACGUCUGAAAUUGUAAUAUUUUCUCUCACUAUGUUUACAACAUUUUGUUGGAGUGAAUGAACAUGUAUGUGAUCAUGGGAAUCGUUUGGUUUUGUAAAGGGUGGGGUUUCCUUUUUACAUAUAAAGAAUGACUUGUGAGA